UUGCGUGUAGAAUCUCUUGCUUAGUGGAACGACCUUCUCCAGCGAUGCCUAGCGUGAAGCCCGCAGUGAGACUAUUCCGUAAACUAGAGGGCCUGUUUGCUGUUUAUAAACCACCAGGUGUUCAUUGGAAAACUGUUCGAGAUACCAUAGAGACGAACAUACUGAAGGCCGUGGACGCUACACCUCGCCCCGCUCCCCGGCGUUUGGUGCAGUUUCAGGCGGCUUUGCCCAGUGGACAGACCACAGAAAGCACAGAUCUCACUGUAUCUGUGUCUGCACUCCCCGCUCUAUCAGACCAUCCCCUGGUGACAGGACCACAGUUCCAGAAAGUUCGUGUCGGAGUGGGGCAUUGUUUAGAUGCGUUUUCCUCUGGAGUUCUGGUCCUAGGUGUUGGUCAGGGAAACACAGUCCUUCCAAAUCUCUACCAUGCUCACGUUACUAGGGAUUACACGUUAGAAGGUGAAUUCGGGACGGCCACAGACGAUUUCUCUCACAACGGGCGUAUCAUCGAGAGAACCACGUAUGAUCACAUUACCAGGGACAAACUGGACAGAGUGCUUGCUAUGAUUCAGGGAACCAAUCAGAAAGCUUUGAUUAUGUACUCCAAAGUUGACCCACAGUCUCAGGAGGCUUACGAGCUGGCAGUGAGAGGAAGGCUCCGCCCACAGGACAAAUCUCCUCCGGUCCUGAUUGGCAUACGCUGCGCAAGCUUUAAGCCUCCCCACUUUACUCUGGAGGUGCAGUGUGUGAACGAGACCCAGCGUUAUUUGCGCAGAGUUUUGCAUGAGGUGGGCUUGGAGCUGCGCAGUUCUGCCGUCUGCGCAGCCGUCCGCCGGACCCGGGACGGGCCUUUCAGACUGGAGCAUGCGCUGACCCGGCAACACUGGAACGCCGCUGAUAUCAUGCAGGCUGUGGCCCACUAUCGGCCCACCACCAGGAAAAUCAAAAACUCUGGCUUUGACAGCCAAUCCAGAAUGAGCACCGAGAGCCAAAGCCCCUCCCGAGAACCAGCUCAGCCAAUCAGCUUUCUUACGGCGGGCGGGGAACGUCAGAGGGCCGAGUGAGGGGCUGGCAGAGAUGUUUUUGAGUCAUCUGGGUUUGUUGGCAAAAUUAACUGGCUCUCUGGAAUUAGUGACUUUUGAUUGGCCAAGUGGAAGGCAUGGUAAACAUCAGACUUUUAUGGGCAAU